AUGGCGCACAUCGACGCGGGCAAGACGACCACCACGGAGCGCAUCCUGUACUACACCGGCCGCUCGGACAACAUCGGCGAGGUGCACGAGGGCGAGGCCACCAUGGACUGGAUGGAGCAGGAGCGCGAGCGCGGCAUCACUAUUACGAGCGCGGCCACUACUGCCUUCUGGAACGGCCACCGCAUCAACAUCGUGGACACCCCGGGCCAUGUCGAUUUCACCCUGGAGGUGGAGCGUUCCCUGCGCGUCCUGGACGGCGCGGUGGCCGUGUUCGACGGCGUUGCGGGAGUGGAGCCCCAGACCGAGACGGUGUGGCGCCAGGCGAACAAGUACAACGUGCCCCGCAUCUGCUUCGUGAACAAGAUGGACCGCGACGGCGCAGAUUUCUACAAGGACGUGCAGAUGAUGAAGAAACAGCUCGGCUGCAACCCGGUGCCGAUCCAGCUCCCCAUCGGCCAGGGCAAGACGUUCGCGGGUGUGUACGACCUGGUCUCCGAGAAAUCUGUCACCUGGCUUGGGGAUAAGCUGGGCGCGGAGUUCGAGGUGAAGGACGAGAUUCCCGACGGCAUGGCGGACGUGAUCGCCGAGUACCGCGAAAGCCUCAUCGAGACGGCCGUGGAGAUGGACGAGCAGGCCCUCGAGGCGUACCUGGAGAGUGGUGAGCCGCCUUCCGUGGACGUGCUCAAGAAGUGCAUCCGAAAGGGUACCCUCGGGUUCGACUUCGUGCCCGUCCUGUGCGGCACCGCGUUCAAGAACAAGGGCGUCCAGCCGCUGCUUGACGCGGUGGUGGACUACCUGCCCUCGCCGACGGAUCUGGAGGACACCAGGGGUAAGGACCCCAAGGACCCCGACCAAGUCGUCUUCCGCAAGAACGUGGCGGACGAGAAGUUCUCUGGGCUUGCGUUCAAGGUGGCUGCGGACCCCUUCAUCGGUACGCUGACCUUCUUGCGCAUCUACUCUGGCUCCAUCCAGUCAGGUGACACGAUGAUCAACCCGCGCACCAAGCAGAAGGAGCGCUUCGGGCGCAUGGUCCUGAUGCACGCGAACAAACGAGAGGAGAUCAAGUCGGCCUCCGCUGGCGACAUCAUCGCCAUCGUGGGCCUGAAGGACACGACCACGGGCGACACCCUGUGCGACAUGAAGGACCAGAUCGUACUUGAACGAAUGGACUUCCCGGAGCCCGUGAUCAAGGUCGCGUGCGAGCCGCUUACCACGAAAGACAACGACAAGAUGAUGGAGUCGCUGGCCAAGCUCGCCGCCGAGGACCCGUCGUUCCGGUACAGCCGCGACGAGGAGAGCAAUCAGACGGUAAUCGAGGGCAUGGGUGAGCUGCACCUGGACAUCAUCGUUGACCGUCUCAAGCGCGAGUUCAAGGUCGACUGCUCCGUGGGCGCCCCGCAGGUGGCUUACCGUGAGACGAUCACGAAACCGAUCGAGAACUGGUACACGCACAAGAAGCAGAGCGGCGGGUCGGGGCAGUACGCCAAGAUCAAAGUGUCCUACGAGCCGAACGAGGGCCAGGGAUACGAGUUCGUGAACGAGACAACUGGCGCUAUUAUCCCGAGGGAAUUCAUCCCAGGGAUCCUGAGGGGUACCGAGAACGAGAUGCUGAACGGGAUCCAGGCCGGCUUUCCAGUGGUCGACGUAAAGGUGAAGCUGAUGGAUGGGCAGGUUCACCCCGUCGAUUCCUCGUCAAUUGCCUUCGAAAUCGCCGCGCGCUAUGCGUGGAAGGAGAACGCCAAGGAGUGCGGCCCGAGGAUACUGGAGCCAGUGAUGAAGGUGGAGGUGACCACCCCCGAGGAGUACAUGGGCAACAUCAUCGGCGACCUCAACAGCAGGCGCGGCAUGGUGGCAGAUAUCGCUGACCGCGGCAAUGUAAAGGCGAUCACCGCCAACGUCCCGUUGUCCGGCAUGUUCAGCUACAUCGCGGCCUUGCGCUCCAACUCGAAGGGCCGCGCCACUUACUGCAUGGAGUUCGGCGAGUACAAGCAGCUACCCGACAACCUCGCCGCCGAGGUCAUGGGCAGGUAG